UGAGGGGUCGGGGUGUGUCGUGGAGGCGUCCCUGCUGGGAAUUUCUCCAGCUCCACCCAGACUCCGUGGUCGUGGGAAUGGGGUCUUACGGCGGGAGGAGGCAUCACAGUGGUGCUUAGGCGCCCCAGCGCUUGAGGAAGGCUGUCUCGUAUUUUCUGUACCCGAAAAGACCCGCACCGGUCCUGUGCAAGAGGGGGCAGGGGUGGGGGAUGUGUUUGCAGUAGCAGAGGAGCGGGGAAGAGACCUCUGGUUCCCCACCCACCACGGAGGGGACGGGCCUUAUGCCACCACGUGAAUCUGUGAAGUGUUUCCAUCCCAGUUCACAUCGUAAUGCCACUGAAACGAUGCCUUGGAGAUUUGGGACAAGAGAUUAUCAGGCUGAGGUCUGACAGUGUCUACGCCCCCCCCCCCAGCUCUUUGCAGUCUAGACUUCCUAAGCUUGUGUAGGGUUUGCAUAUUGGAUGGCUGCAUAUGUGAAUUAGAUGCUUAAAAAUUAAUCUGGAAAAAGAUAGAUGCUACAAUGGUUGUCUGGUCCCAUAGCCUUAAAAGGACUGGGUUUACUACCAGUCAUGGAAAGGGUUCAGUCUCCCUUGCCUUAAGCAACUUCUUAUAACCCAGUGUCCUCCAGAUGGGGGAUGUGUUUGCAGUAGUGGAGGAGUGGGGAGGAGACCACCACAGAGGAGAUGGGCCCCAUGGCAGCCCCUGAUUCUGUGAAGUGCUUCCAUCCCUUGCAUUGUUCAGUUGCAGAAUCUUUCUGCCACCCUCUCUCAAGGGGGAUGUGAUUAGGAAGCAGGGAGACUGUGUUUAUCUUCCAAGUUUGAGGCUCAGGGCACAGAUUGGAGAAAGCAAACUCGAUAGUCCUGUUGCCCCCAGUUAGAACACACUUCUCCUGCAGGACUUAAUGCUGAGCCUUUUGUGCUUUCCUCUUUCUCUUGGCCACCUCACAGAACUCUGUGAGGUAGACCAAUAUGACACCCUUUAUACUGUAGUGUUUUGACUGCUCAGCUUAUACUAGAGAAACACAGUGUCAGAUAUUCUUCCUGUCCCAGAGCUCCCUGGGUGACUGAGCGCCACACUUGGAAUGUGAAAGGUUUCAGGUUUGCUUCCUGAGUUAGUGCUGGGAACUAACAUUCCUGUGCAAAGUGCUCAUAGGCCCUGCUAGCAGUAUUGCACCAGGGCAUCUGUCUUAGGUUCUUCCUUCCUGAGGCCAACCUACCCUGUUGAGCUGUGAUGAAGAUGAAGGGAGGACCAUGUGCACCACUACUCCUUGCAGGAUAAGAGUAUGGUGGUGAUAGCCAUCGGGGUCUAAGAGAGGGCCCGGUUUAUACCUGUUUGUUGUCUGCACAGGUAGCAGCAUGAUGCCAUGAUCUGGAUCUUGUCUUCUUUGUGAUGGAGUCCAAAGAGGUGCCAUGCAGGCACCUCAGGUCAUGGAGGAAUCUGGGAGACAGUUUGCAGUGGGGUGUGAGGGGAGUAGUCUGAAAGAAUAUGCCUUUUCCCUUACUCUGGGUCUUGCAAGACAUCAAAAUGAUCAAGUGGGAAGGCAGUGACAUGCAGUGCUUGAAUCAUAUGGAAUCUUCAGUCCUGCAAAGUAUACACAAAUGUGUACACACGAGCAAUCCAGCUUCACUUUGCUAGCUUACUGGCAUGCUGUACAUAGAAGUGAAUAUCUCUGGGUAGAUAAUUUUUCAAAACAGAAUAGGAAAACUGUGUCAGGAGGUGGGCAGAAAAGCUGGCAUGAAAAUUCCCUGCCCAAUAUUGGCCAGGGAGACCGAUGGGCAAUUGAAAGGCCUGGAGCUGGAGACUCCCAAGUGGGCUGCUUUACACCUCAGUACUCUGUUUGCCAUCAAUUGUUCCCAGCAUUAGGCUCUUCUCCAGUGAGUCCUUUCUCAUUAGGUGGCCAAAGUAUUAGUUUCAUCUUCAGUAUCUGGCCUUCUGACUGCAAAAGAAGAAGGGGACAGCAGAGGAUGAGGUGGCCGGAUGGAGUCACUGAAGCAGUCAGCGUGAGCUUAAGUCGACUCAGGGGGAUGGUGGAGGACAGGAAGGUCUGGAGGAACGUUGUCCAUGGGGUCGCGAUGGAUUGGAUGGCAGCUAGCAACAACAAUUCUUUUGCAAAGCAAAUGUGGCAGAUCAAGCUCCAUUUUUUUAAGAGCAACUGCUCACCUGAGUCACCCUUUGGCUGAGCUGAGAAACAACUGAGGGUGAAGUCAGAAGAGAGUCAUUUUAGAACACAAAGGAAUGAGAAAAACAUGAUGGAAAUCAAGUAAAGAAUAAGAGGAAAAAACAUGAGCUCAAGAUUCUGUAAAGUGACAUAAGAAAGAAAAGGGUAAAUGUUUCCCUAUGCGGUAAAAUAUUAACAUUUAUUUAUUGAUCAUAUUCCUAAUCCAACCAUUAAUUAAAAGGUGAAUAAAAAAUAAACAUUCCAGAACCCACAACGGUGACAAAGGAAAUUGUCUUAAAUUAAAUCAAGAACCCACACUGGGAAGAUGCCACAUACAUGUAUAGAAUGUGGAAAAAUAUUCAGUAAAAGUUUGAGUCUCACUAAACAUCUAAGAACCCACAUGGAGGAGAAACCAUAUAAAUGCAUGGACUGUGGAAAGACCUUCAGUAAUAGUGGACAUCUUACUCAACAUCAGAGAACACACACUGGGGAGAAACCAUAUUCAUGCUUGGAAUGUGGAAAGAGCUUUAGUCAGAACAGUAGUCUUACUUUACAUCAAAGGAUUCAUACAGGAGAAAAACCAUAUAAAUGCAUAGAAUGUGGUAAGUGCUUUAGUCAGAGUGCUAAUCUUACAGUGCAUCAAAGAACCCACAGCAUGGAGAAGCCAUAUAGAUGCAUGGAAUGUGGAAAGAGCUUCAGUGAAAGUAGAAGUCUUACUAAACAUCAAAGAACCCAUACAGGAGAGAAGCCGUAUACCUGCAUGGAAUGUGGAAAAACCUUCAGAGAUAAAGGUAAUCUUACUAAACAUCAGAGAAUACACACUGGAGAGAAGCCAUAUAAAUGUGAGGAGUGUGGAAAGAGGUUCAGUUGUAGAGGAAGUCUUACUAAACAUGACAGAACCCACACGGGGGAGAAGCCAUUUGAAUGCCUGGAAUGUGGAAAGAGCUUCAGUGAGAAUGGAAGUCUUACAAAACAUCAAAGUGUUCACACAGGGGAGAAGCCAUAUAAGUGCAUGGAAUGUGGAAAGAGCUUCAGUGAUAGUGGAUAUCUUAUUCAACACCAUAGAACACACACUGGGGAGAAGCCAUUUAAAUGUAUGGAAUGUGGAAAGAGAUUCAGUUUAGGUGGCAGUCUCACUAAACAUCAAAAAAUCCACAGAGGAGAGAAGCCAUUUAGAUGCAUGGAAUGUGGAAAGAGCUUCAGUGAUAACAGACAUCUUAGUCAACAUGAAAGAAUCCACACUGGAGAGAAGCCAUUUAAAUGUAUGGAAUGUGGAAAGAGCUUUAGUUUAUGUGGAAGUCUUACCAAACAUCACAGAACCCACACCGGGGAGAAACCAUAUACCUGCAUGGAGUGUGGAAAGAGCUUCAGUCAGUAUUCUAAUCUUACUGUACAUCAAAGAACUCACACUAUGGAAAAGCCAUAUAAAUGCAUGGAAUGUGGAAAGAGCUUUGGGCAAUAUUAUCAUCUUACUUUACAUAAAAGAAUCCACACUGGGGAGAAGCCUUAUCAAUGCUUGGAAUGUGGAAAGAGCUUCAGUGUACGUGGAAAUCUUAAUGUACAUCAAAGAAUCCAUACUGGGGAGAAACCGUAUAAAUGCAUGAAAUGUGGAAAGUGUUUCAAGCGUAAUCAUCAUCUUACCUUACAUGAGAGAACCCACUCUGGGGACAAGUGAUUUGGAUGCAUGGAACAGUGGACAAACUUUAAUAAUAGGAGAUGCCUUAGUAAACAUGAAAGCACUCUUUUGGUGGAGAAAGUAAAGGUGGAGCAUAUGGAAAAACACUUCAAUAAUGCUUGCAGAGUAGGCAAAGCUUCCAUUUUUGUAUCUGUGUUGUAGAUAUAGGCAAUUAAUUUCUUCCAGAGAAUUCUGGAUAAUUUAAAACUAUGAAGCCCAGUUCAUCUAUGUGUGUUUUCUUGCUUAAAUUGUCAUGUUAUUUGCAUUUUUAAGCUUAGUGUUAGAAAUGUAUUGUCUGUAGAAAUAGCUUGAACAAAAAAGCACUUCUGGGCUUGUUCCUCUACAGGGUGCUGUAUUUUCUAGCCCUGAAAUGUGAUUUUUGUAUGUUAUGCUGCAUUGGCAUGUUUAUUAGUUUUAUAGUCUGGAUUUUAUUGUCAGUGUAUUUUCAUUUUAAUCUAGUCUAGUGCAGUUAGGCACUCUGGUGUUCCAGAGAAGGCAGUGCCACUUCCCUAGCUCUGCCCGUUCCUGACCACGCAUGGUUUUAUAGUUUCCCAGCUUUCCUAUAGGUUUCCACAUUUUAAAAGGUUAAGUGUUGGGAGUAAGAAGGAUGAUGGUCUUGGGCAAUCAUUCUUAUGGACUGCUGGCUGCAUUCCAGACAAUGAUUCAGAAUUGGCAUGGGAAACAUCUUACGGUGAAAUUGGGGAGGAUAGACUAGGUCCAGGUUCUGAGAUGGAGGGGGUGAUUAUCUCAAGGUCAGGCAGUUUCCAGGAAUGGCCAAUUUUGCAGCCAGUGGGAGGGGUCUCUGAGGAUGAGGAGUUCUCAGAUGCAGGUCCCCCUGCUCUUGAUCCCAUGAUGCGGCACCAGCAGGAGCAGGAGGGCCAAUUGAAUGAGAGGCUCACGGAGAAACAUAGAGCGAGUCAGAAGGUGGUCUCCUGGGCCAUCUAGUCUGACCCCCAGCUCCAGCCGGCUCCGCUCACGACAUGCCCACCAUGUGCAUGUCCAACCUGUCCUUGAACACCCUUACCAAGGGGGCCUCAACUACCUACUGUGAAAGCCCAUUCCACACCCUCGGGGUCCUAACUGGAAGAGGCGUGUUUGCUUACAGAAAGCCCCUCCUGAGGGGCUGGGGCUCAGGCAUGUUCACAAGGAGAGUUCCUGGAGGUAAACACUAGAUUUGGUUCAACAAACCGUUCUCUGCAUGCUCAGAGGUCCGUUCUAGGCAACUUGUCCUUGGGAGCAAUAAAGAAGGUUUUGCAAAGAAAAUAGUCUGUGGCGUUUGACUGCCCUGAGGAACCUUGGCUCAUAACAUUAAUCUUCUCUCCAAAAACUUGGUUACUGAAAGAACUUUGAGCAAACGAUGGUGGUGUUUUCCCUGCAGCACUUUUCCUUUCACUUCCCCUGCCACUGUUGUGUCGGCCCCCAUCGCCUCACUUCUCCAAAAUUGGGUUUUUUUCCCCUAAGGCUGAAAUAUAUUCAACAUCCCUGGGACAUCUCUUGGGUGCCCUAUCCUUGCCAGUUUCAGAUUAGGGAACUCUGUUGACAUGAAAAGUACUCUUGUCCAUUGUCUAUGAAAUAUUAGCAGGCUGUUAAAAGGAUGGUGGCAAAAGAAACAUACAUAGUGAAACUGUCUCAGUGAAUGCCUUGAAUGUUUGGAGGGCGAGCUAUGUAAAAUACCAUUAAUUUGAAUAAAACAAUUUGCAUUCA